AUGACAAAAUCAUCAUUGAGUACGUCGAGAACAGGCGGCCGACGAACAACAGUGACGUCCCCCAUUGUCCGAAUCAGAACUGAUGGCCGGACGAACAGAGGAGGGAAAAAGAAGAUCAAAAAUGGUCGAAAACCGCCGGCAAGGUUACGAGGAAGACAGAGGACGGUAUCCGCAUCUUCAGGUGUGACGACGUCCUGGGAGGCGACGUCCGUGCUGAGUUCUCUGGUGGAGUCUACCCGCGGGUUCGCGCUGGGGCUGUUCCGGCGGCUGUGUGACAGCACGGACAGGAACAUCGUCUUCUCCCCACUCAGCAUCUCAGCAGCCAUGGCCAUGACAUACAUAGGAGCUAGGGGGAACACACGGUACCAGAUGGAGAAGGUUCUGAGGUUCCACCACUUCCGAAACGAGGCCGACAUGCACUCGACCUUCUCGGCCGUCGAAGACGUCAUUUCAACUUCCGGUAAAGAGGCGCAGUACACGUUUGUGCAGGCCAACCGCCUGUUCGGACAGGCGGGAAUGAGUUUCAGACACGACUUCCUGAUGGACACGUCCCGGCACUACCACUCGUCCCUCGCCACGGUGGAGUUCUCGGACGAGGAGAUGGCCAGACUCGCCAUCAACUCCUGGGUGGCCGGGAAAACUGGCGGGAAAGUCAACGGCGUCAUUCCACAGGGUCUGCUGAAGCCUCUGACCAAACUGGUGCUGGUGAACGCCGUGUACUUCGCGGGGAAGUGGAGAACGGAGUUUGACCCUCAGGUCAUCAACAUGGCGGACUUCUACGUCACACCCGAACGCACAGAGAACGUUCCGAUGAUGCAACUGAGUGGUGAGUUUAACGUAACAGAAGACCCCAAUCUGGACUGCGCUGCGGUGGAGCUACCCUACUCUGGGAACGAGAUCGUCAUGGAUAUCAUCCUGCCCAAUCAGAGGGACGGACUGGAUCGUCUCCAGAGUCAGCUGACCAGAAGAGCGCUGAACAGGAUCUUUCGCAGAUACCUGCCCCUGGAGGGGUCUGUGUUCCUGCCGAAGUUCCGUCUGACGGAGGAGUUCAGCCUGAAGGCGCAGCUCACCGCCAUGGGGCUGGACGACCUGUUCUCCCAGAACCGCGCAGAUCUGUCCGGCAUGACGGCACAGCCCGGCAUGCACGUGUCGGACGCGCUGCACAAGGCCGUCAUAGAGGUCAGCCAAGAAGAGGCAGAGGGCGCUACUACACUGACCGCAGCAGUAACGGCCCGGAGUCGGCGCGGAUUUGAAUUCAGAGCGGAUCACCCCUUCAUGUUCUUCAUACGAGACAAGAGAACGGGAGCCGUCUUAUUCCUGGGACGUCUUGUCGAUCCAAGAAAUUGAGGUCCUUGCCCUCAU